UUUAUCAGCUCAUAUACCCUUAAUAGCAUCUGCAUAACUCCUGCGAGGAAUUCGGUAAACUUCUAACUCGCAUCGCGAGCCUUCCAGUAGUAGAUAGCCAGCAAUUCAUAAUUGAAACGAUACAUACCACGCAAUUAUGUACUCUGUAUAUAGUUGAAAGGAAUGUACUCAGAGUUUCGUCGAUUGCCGAAGGCCGCUGCGGAUGUCUCCCGACAGCCGGCGGCGUAUACGCUGCUGUUGCCACGCCCUGGACUUCGAACUGGUUACGUAGUAUACCAACGUAGCGUCGUAGGGCCUGGCGACUCGCGAUUGACAUCGCAGCGGCGUACGGUCGCCGCCCACUUCCUACGAAACGGUCGCGGCUCACCUGUGAGCGCAGAACCACCUCUGCAAUCCACCUCCAGCUUGUCGCCGCAGCAUCAGGCGUCCGGGCAGCAUUUGCCGGAGGAGACUGUGGGACAGCAUGAAGGGCAGCAGCAGCAGCAGCAACAGCAGCUGUCAGAGACUCUAUCAGAGGAGCCGCAGCACGAGCAGCAAGGAGAGUGGGAGCAAGCAGCCCUAGCUGCACACCAGGGGGCUUCCCAGGACCCCUCCUUUACCUCCUCGUACCCUGCCGCUUCCCAAACGUACGGCAAUCAGGGCGCCGCUGUAGGGUCCACCGAGGCCAGCAGCGGUGCUGGCGGCGGCAAUGACGCCCAGCAUGCACGGCCUAGUGUACUGCUACCCACGCCGACAACCGCCAUCGGCGGCGGCGGUGGCGCUGCUGCCGUCGGCGUAGCUGGCGGAGGUGCUUCUGGGUUCCAGCAGGGAAGCGUUCCUGGCUUGUUCGCCUCCGCAGCCGCAGCUGUCGCUGUGGCGGCUUACGUGUAUACCCGUGUGAUGAGGAAGAAGAAGGUACCUCCCAGCGGUGAGGGUCCGGCUGUUGCUGCCGCCGGUAAGGCCACCUCCUCCAAGGCGCCAUCAGCGGCGGCGAAGGGAGCAGCCAAGCCCGGCGGUAGCGGUAGCGGCAGUGGUGGCAGUGGCGGCGGCGGUCGAGGCAGCAGCCUUUUCCGUACGACACGCUCUCCACAACCUGUCGCCGACGCCGCUGCAGCAGCAG